AGUGUUAAGUCGAUGAGCACAAACGCUUGUCAAACUUCUAAAUCUCAGUUUUGACAAUGUGACGGAAGAGUUGUUCCAAAGACAGAGACCUCGUGUUUGCCUUAAGUCUGAACAGGGCAAAUGGACAAAAAUUCAUUCCAGUCCUGAUCCGUGGACCUUGCAGUCAUUUAGCUUCUUCUCCAGUCCCACACAUCCUUCCCAACCCCCACCCCAAAUGGAUGAGGAAUCCGUCCAGAAGGCAGUCCACAAUGCUUGGCCACAGUUGGUGGAAUUCCUCAGUCCUGAGUGGGUUCUGAAGAAAGCCAAGCAGCUCCUCCCACAGGCGGACUUCAGUCAGCUCGAAGGGGUUGCUGACCACAGAGAGAAGGUCUCCUUAGCCCUGGACAUGUUUCAAAGAAGUGCUGGUGCCGAUACUUCCGUCUUCAAAGACUUUAUGCAGUGUGCUUGCAUGGAAUGCAACUUACCCUUGGAACUGGAGAUAGAGUGCCUGAAUGCAUCGAGACUCGGAGAAGGUCAUGUAACUCAAGUGCAAGAAAUCUUUGAAGAAACAGCCACCCAGUUACCAUCAACAUCCGCAAGACAUGAACGACGUCGUCCUUGGACCAGCCUUUCCACCACCAACAACGGCAAGCAGUCCAAACAGCAGCGGCUAGAUUCUUCUGAAAAGUACCGGCAAUGUAUCAUCACAACAAUGCUGCAAAGAUAUGGAGCAAAUAGAUCAGUGGAGGCAGCAGAAGGUGAAAUUCGGCAUUCGGCUUUUAGCCAAGCUUUUGUCAACCUGGUGAUUCGUCAGAGUAAAGCUUGGAAAAUAAAGAUUAACUCGGAGGAGCACAGUGAUGCAGCCAUGGGAUUGCCUGAUCUCUUCAAAAGUGUGCCUUCUGGCACCACCGAGGUCGUUCUUCUGUUGGGCAAACCGGGCAUGGGGAAAACGAGACUUGUUAACAAAAUCUGCCAGCAGUGGGCUGAGGGGAUCCUUGAGCAGUACAAACUGAUAUUCCUCUUUGAGUUUAGGCAGCUGAACCUGAUCAGCAGAAGGCUUUCUCUGCAAGAACUCUUAUUUGACUUCUUCCUGUGUCCGGAAGAUUGUCCCAAUGCAGUCUUUGAGCACCUACUAGAAAACGCCCAGCACGUCCUCAUGAUCUUUGAUGGACUGGAUGAGUUUGUGGGGGACAUCAAGUUGCCAUCGUCUCCUAACUCACUGGGCCCUGAUCCUCUUCACCCUCUUUCUGUCUCAGAACUCUUUACCAGUCUUUGCCACGGAAAUCUCUUGCCCGGCUGCACUGUACUGGUUACAACCCGGCCUAAGAUGCUCCCUAACGUGUUGUUGAAAAUGGUUACCCUCCUGGCAGAAAUCUGGGGAUUUGACCAUGAGAAGGUUGAGGAGUAUGCCAGUUCUUUUUUCCAAUGCAACGCACUGAAGGACCAAGCCAUUGCUUGCCUGAAAAGCAAUGGCAAGCUUCUGAGCAUGUGUUACAUCCCUGCCUUGUGCAACAUUGUCUGUAUCUGCCUGGAAUAUUUGCUCCUGCAAGAUGAAGGAAGCAUCCAGCUGCCUCAAACCAUGACCCAGUUUUACAUCAAAAUGGUGCUCAUCUUCAUACACAAGUUGCAGAAGUUGAGUGGAGCAAGUGAGGAGGGUGAUUUGAGUCAACAUCGAGCUACUCUCGCAAGCCUUUGUGAGCUAGCUUUCAAGGGUCUGGAAGAGAAGAAGAUGUUGUUUUAUGCUGGUGAAGUCCCAGCGCAUGCAAGGGAUUUUGCAUCUUUAUAUGGCUUGCUUUUGGCCUUUGAGGUAAAGGCAAGUAAUGGGAGUGCGCAAGCCGGAUACACUUUUGUCCAUUUCAGUUUCCAAGAGUUCUUUGCAGCGCUUUUCCUGUUGACAAGCAAAACUAUAGAUGACAACUGUCUGAAGGAGAAGUUCUUCUUGAGAAAGUGGAUUUUGAAGAAGGAAGCUAAGAUGACAUUCACUGAGAACUGCCACAUCUUCCUGUCAGGCCUUUCCUCACAAGGGUGUCGACAAUUUCUUAGCUUCUUAGCUGGGCAAAAUGAAAGUUGGAUACAGGAGCGGCAAGCCGUAAUCACACAGAUACUGAAGAAACUAGCAACGGACAGUUUGACUGGGCCUAAGGUUGUUGAGCUGUGCCACUGCGUAUACGAGACACAAAACCUUGACUUAGCACAGCAUGUUGGGACAGCAUUAAACUUCAAGUAUCAGUUUAGAAAUUUCAGGUUGAUGCCACUGGAUAUGAUAAGUCUGGCUUUUGUCAUCAACAGCAGCCCUCAUCUGGUGAGCUUAGGUUUUGUCGGAUGUCCAAUGGAACUUGAGUAUUUGGAUGUCUUAGCCAGUUGUGAAAAUAUAAAAAGCCUGAGCUUUCAAAGCAGGAAGUAUGGAAAUGAAUUUGCUGCUGUCCUUUCCAAAAGCCUACCAAAGAUUAAAUGCCUGACCACCUUCAAGUUAGCAGGUGGAAAAAUUACAGUCUCUGGACUUGAAGAUCUUCUACGAGCCUUUGCAAACUGCCAUCGACUUGAAGACAUAAACUUGCAGGACAACAAGAUGAAGGAACAGGAAAUGGUAAAGAUUACAGAAAUGUUUUCCAUGGUGGAAAAGCUAAAGAAAAUAGAUUUAAGCCACAAUCAGAUUUCGGAGAACAUCGUUCUAGCUUUCUGCCAAGCCGCUGCGGUUUCUCCUAAUGUUACUGAGCUGCAUAUCAGGAAGAACACUUUAACUAUUAAUUUUACGGGCCAAUCCGUAAGAAGUGGCAGGUCACGAUGCUUGGGGACAAAUGAAGACGAAACUGCUCCUCAAGCCCAGACUUUAAAAUUACGACUUCAGGACUGCCUCCUGUCUCCCCGACACGCUACACAGAUUGCCUGCAUACUCAAGCUCUGUUCCCACCUGUCUGAAAUCGAUUUGUCAGGUAACAAUCUUGGAGAUGAGGGAUGCAAAGAGCUGGUGAAGACACUGCCCAAAAUGUCAAUUUCUGGCCUGUUGAAUUUAAAUAACAACCAGUUGUCUCUGAAGAGCAUUUUCUGUCUCCUGCAUUCAAUGGCGAUAUGUCCAAAUAUCAAGAAGCUUGAAGUCAGGAGUUGCUCUUUGAAUGAUGAUAGGUUCAGAACUGAAAGGUUCAGCACUGAUGAAGGACAGAUGUUGGCAACAUCAAGGAAAAUAUGCUUGACAGGCAACUUUUUUCUUGACGAAGAUCUGAACAACCUGUGCUUGGCGCUGAGAAAGUGUUGCAGUGUAACGGAGUUGGAUUUGUCAAAUAAUUCUCUGGGAGACUCAGGAGUUUUGAAGGUGGCCGAUCUUCUCCCAGAUAUGAAGGCAUUACGUUCCUUAAUACUGGAUCAGAAUCGCAUAUCCCUGGAUGGUGUUUUUUGCUUGGUGCGAUCCUUUUCCACCUUGGAACAGAUGGCCACAAUUCACUUGAAUUUGGGAAAUACCCAGUCAGUUCGCUUAUCCUCAGGGGAUAGAUCCAGGCCCAAACUGACUGGUGAACGUCAAGGCAAGCUGCUGGUUUGUCCACAACACUCGAUACGUGCCCGCCGCUUUAGUCUCAAGGAUUGUGUGCUGGCCCCGGAAGAUGUUGCUAGACUCUUUGGAAUUCUGAAGAUGUGCUCUGGGCUGUCAGAGAUCAACUUUUCUGGGAAUGCACUAAGUGAUCAAAGUGUUGAACAGCUACUGAAGUUUCUGCCCCAUCUCCAGAGCCUGAAGCUCUUGAG